UCAGGGGAGGUAAACGCAUGCUCAGACAAAAAGUGGGUUCCCCCACCUUCUGAAGACAAGUUUAGAGUGUGUGAGACUCUGCACGUAGCAUCGCGCAGUAAAACUUGGGGAAGCGGUUUUUACCACCAGAUGGCGAGUUGAAGCUCGGGGAGGAUACGCCGGAGAUAAGAAGUUGCAGUGGGACGCUCCAGAAAGUUCUACGCGAGCAGCAGGAACGGUUCGGCUCGCAGGGAUAGCCAGACAGCAAGGCAAACGUCUACACUCGAGUUGCUGGGAUUGCGCAUUGAUAAGGAUGGGGCGGCUAAGUAAUCUAUUGAUUUUGAGUUGCUUCUUUCCCACUUUGAUGGCUCACAAUGACUUCUACACUUCCAUCGGUCAGAUGACAGACUUGCUCUACAUAGAGAAGGACUUAGUGACGUCACUCAAGGACUACAUCAAGGCAGAGGAAAACAAACUUGAGCAAGUCAAAAAGUGGGCUGAUAAGCUGGACACCUUGACAGCCACUGCCACGCAGGACCCCGAGGGCUUCCUAGGCCACCCCGUCAACGCCUUCAAGCUGAUGAAGCGGCUCAACACCGAGUGGGGAGACCUGGAGAGCAUGGUCCUCAAGGACACCACCGACGGGUUCAUCUCCAACCUGACCGUCCAGAGACAGUUCUUCCCUACAGAUGAGGACCAGACUGGAGCUGCCAAGGCUCUCCUCAGGCUGCAGGACACUUACAUGCUGGACGCCAACACCAUCUCCGUCGGGAACCUGCCUGGCGUGAUCCACAAGAGCCCCAUGACGGUGGAGGACUGCUACGAGCUGGGGAAGAUCGCCUACACUGACGCAGACUACUACCACACAGAGCUGUGGAUGGCCCAGGCCCUGAGGCAGCUGGACGAGGGAGAGGAGUCCACCAUCGACAAGAUCACCGUCAUCGACUACCUCAGCUACGCCAUCUACCAGCAAGGGGAGCUGGAGAGGGCUCUGGAGCUUACCAAGAGACUCCUCGCACUGGACCCCACGCACCAGCGCGCCAAUGGCAACCUGAAGUACUUUGAGUUCCAGAUGGAGAAACAGAGGAAGGCGGAGGAGGCCCAGAAGUCCAGCCAGGGCCAGAAGCUGAACGGCACGGAGAAGAGGGAGGCGCAGAGGAAGCGCUCCAGGGACCCCCUGCCCGAGAGGAAAGUCUACGAGAAGCUUUGCAGAGGAGAGGGCAUCAAAAUGACCCCUCGUCGACAGAGCCGGCUGUUUUGCCGCUACUAUGACAACGACCAUAACCCCCAGUACCUGCUGUCCCCCGUGAAGCAGGAGGACGAGUGGGACCGGCCAUACAUUGUGCGUUACCAUGACAUCAUCUCUGACAGUGAGAUCGCCAAAGUCAAGGAGCUGGCUAAGCCCAGGUUACGCAGGGCCACCAUCUCCAACCCCAUCACAGGUGUGCUGGAGACGGCCCACUACAGGAUCAGCAAGAGUGCCUGGUUGACAGCCUAUGAGCAUCCUAUCAUUGAGAGGAUAAACCAGCGUAUUGAGGACCUGACUGGCCUGGAGAUGGACACCGCUGAGGAACUGCAGGUGGCAAAUUAUGGAGUCGGUGGCCAGUAUGAGCCUCACUUUGACUUUGGCAGGAAAGAUGAACCUGAUGCCUUUAAAGAGUUGGGGACAGGCAAUCGCAUUGCCACCUGGUUAUUUUAUAUGAGUGAUGUUGCAGCAGGGGGCGCCACAGUGUUCCCAGAUGUAGGAGCUGCUGUGUGGCCCAGAAAGGGGUCAGCGGUGUUCUGGUAUAACCUGUUCCCCAGUGGGGAGGGCGACUACAGCACUCGGCACGCAGCCUGCCCUGUGCUGGUGGGAAACAAAUGGGUAUCAAACAAAUGGAUCCAUGAAAGAGGGCAGGAGUGGAGACGACCCUGUGCCCUGGAAGAGGAAGCAUCGUGAUUCCUCCCUCUCCUUACCGCACUCCUUCAAAAACCCAGCUUGCCCCCUUCCUUUUAAGGUAGAGUAUGUCAUAUUGUUAGUAGUUUAUUUCCAGAAUUUUUGCUGCCCAUUCACAAAUGUUAGCUUUUUCAUUAAUAUUUACCUCCACCUUUAUUUUUACAGUAUUCAUCAUGAUUUGGUAAUUUACACUUAAACCAUGUGAGUAGGUGGAGCUUCUCCAUGUCCACCAUUUUGAAAUACCAGCUAUGGAUAUCCUUGGCUGCAAAGCUAGGUGUGCUUUGGUCAGACCUGUAAAUGUAAGGUUAUUAUUUAGUAAAUAUUUCAUAUUAAAAAAGAUCACAUUUGUAAAUGGGCACCAUACAUUUUCAAAAUAAACGACUACAAUUACAUACUCUACCUUUAACACUCCAGCGGGCAGGGAAUGGCCUUAAAAUCUGAAUCCUUCACCAUUCAUCUCCUUAAUUGCUUUUAUUUCUGCAGUCUGCCCAUUUUCAAACACUCCCCCUUUCUCCUCAAACACUCCAGAUCAGGAUAAAAGGGCUAUGAUGGGACACCAAAGUAAACUUGUUCCAUUACACUCCCUCAGUUUUGAACUAAAUUAUUUUUUGGAAUAUUUAUGGAAUGUUCUUCAAAUCAUCUUCCUAUUCUU